GAUUGUUUUUUAUUUUAUUUCACUUUUUGUUUUCCUUUAAUUUGAUUAACAUGAUUCUUUUCUCAUGAACAACAAAUCAUCAUCUCUUCUCAAACUUCUUAAUUUUGUCAUCAUCCUUUUCCAUAAUUAUAUUAGUGUUUAUAUUUUCUUCUCUAUCUCUCCAUCUCUUUAUCUUUUUCUUAAUUUUAUCUCUUUCAUUCUCUUCACUUUUUUUCUAUUUAGGUUUUUUUUUCUAUUCUCUAGUGUUUGUGUCUCUCUCUCUCUCUCUCUCUUUCUUUCUUUCUCUCUUUUUCUAUGUGUUUACCUUUGCAUUCCAAGUGAACAUUCCUUUACCUUUUCAUGUUGUGAAUUCUAUUCCAAGUGUAUCUCUUUUAUCUUUUCCCAUGUUCCACCCAAAAUUGACUCCAUCAAAUUGAAUUAUUUCCAUUUUAAAUUCCAAAAUCAACUGGCAAUAACACAACAUUCACCUUUCUUUGAUUCCAGUGAUACACUGAUUCCAAUUGAUGAUCAUAAUUGAUGAUAUUAUUGGGUAUUGGUGUUAUCUACAAAGGAACCAAAAUUACCACAUUACCAUCAUCCUCAUUUUCAUCCAUUUAUCAUUCCAUCAUCUUAUUUAAUUCAUCUAAACGGUCAACCGAAAUGGAUUUACCGUUGGUUAAUAUCACUGGUGAAAUUACCUUCUCACUACAAUCGGGUCUAAUUAGAGAUGAGGUGAACAUCAAUACAAGUCAACUUAACCUUAAAAGCCUCAAGGAUCUUGCCUGUAAUUUUAUCGAUAAAAAGUAUCCCGAACAUGGUCUCAAUAAAUUGGACGAACGUCUUAUCCUAUUUAAACACGAAUACAGUUCACAGAAUAUGCUUCUUCCCAUAAAUAUCGCUUCCGAAGUUACCAAUGGUUCAUUGAUUGAGGUUGUCGUUUCACUGAAAGAUCCAUCCAAUAACGAUGAACUCUCAAUUCGACCUCAUCAACUUAAAAUGCAUUCCUACAAGUCUCCAACUUUUUGCGAUUUUUGUGCUAAAAUGCUUUUCGGUUUAGUUAAACAGGGACUUAAAUGUGAAGGAUGUGGUCAAAAUUAUCACAAAAGAUGUGCCUACAAGAUACCCAAUAAUUGUAUUUACGGAAGUCGACGUCGAUCCUCAGCCCAUUUAAUACCCAAUUCACCAUCAAACGAGACGAUCCAACGAACAGCAAGUAGCGGCGCAACCCUACCAGAAGCACCAGCAUUCUUAUCCUCACCAAGUCAUGAUCGUCGUGCAUCCACGGGAAAUGAGAAAUGUUUCAAUCUUACCGUUAAACCGAAUCGUCUUGAUAAAAAAAUAGCCGAGGGAAUGAGGAUACCCCAUACAUUUGUCGUUCAUUCCUAUGCCAGUCCAACGAUUUGUCAAUCAUGUAAGAAACUAUUGAAAGGAAUAUUCCGUCAAGGUUAUCAAUGUAAAGACUGUAAAUUUAAUGCCCAUAAAAAGUGUAUGAAAGAUAUUCCAUCUACCUGUACGGGUGAAAUACCUUCAGAUUAUGGUGAAGGAGAGGAUAACCUGGAAAAAGAUAAUCUCAGUGAUUCUGACAAUGAAGUCGAAUCUCCAGAAAAACCAAUAAGUAUUGGAACCGAUGAUGAUGACAAUGAAAGUGACAGUCAACCAAUAACAUCAACUGAAAGUAAUAAUAUCCCAUUGAUGAGAAUUGUCCAAAGUGUUAAACAUAAUAAGAGAAGAGGAUCCGAGGUGUUAAAGGAAGGAUGGAUGGUCCAUUUUACUAGUAAAGAUCCAGGGAGAAAGCGACACUUUUGGAGAUUGGAUACUAAAGCAAUUACCAUGUAUCAUAAUGAGACUUCAUCUAAUUAUCAUCGAGAAAUAAUUCUUUCCGAUAUUUUGUCAAUAUUUUCUUCCAAAAAUGGAGAUUGUGGUUUUGAAAUGCGAACAACUCACUUGAACUAUUAUUGCGGUGAGCCAAACACCGCUGCUACUUGGGAAGCGGCGAUCAGACAAGCGUUAAUGCCGGUAGCCGAUGGUAAAGCGAUCACCUCUUCAAUCAAAGAGGUUGAAGCCAAUAACCGGAGUAACUUAUCGAUUGGCGAAAAUCGAGUUCAAACCGAUAAUGAUAUUAGUUUACAGUAUCAAAUAUUUCCCGAUGAAGUUCUUGGUUCAGGCCAAUUUGGUAUUGUCUAUGGUGGUGUUCACAGGAUAACCCGUAGAGCGGUUGCAAUCAAAGUAAUUGAUAAAUCACGUUUUCCAACUAAACAAGAGGCUCAAUUAAAGAAUGAGGUAUCAAUUCUGGAGGCCUUACAUCAUCCGGGCGUAGUAACGUUGGAGAAAAUGUUUGAAACAAAGGACAGAAUUUACGUUGUCAUGGAAAAACUGAAAGGCGAUAUGCUUGACAUGAUUCUCCACACCGAGAAGAAGCGACUUGAUGAGCGUGUAACCAAAUUUCUGAUCUAUCAAAUUCUAAUGGCACUUAAGCAUCUUCACUCACAGAAUAUUGUCCAUUGUGAUCUUAAGCCAGAAAAUGUUCUUCUCUCGUCCGAUGCUGAUUAUCCUCAAGUUAAGUUGUGUGACUUUGGUUUCGCUCGGAUUAUCGGGGAAAAAUCAUUCCGACGAUCAGUUGUUGGUACACCGGCUUAUCUUGCACCAGAGGUUAUUCGUAAUAAAGGUUACAAUAGGUCACUCGAUAUGUGGUCAGUUGGGGUCAUCGUGUACGUUAGUCUUAGCGGGACUUUCCCUUUCAACGAAGAGGAAGAUAUUAACGAUCAAAUUCAAAAUGCUGCUUUCAUGUAUCCUAAAGAUCCUUGGAAAGAUAUUUCAGCUGAUGCGAUUGAUUUAAUUACCAAUUUACUUCAAGUUAAAACGAGGAAACGUUAUACUGUUGACAAAUCUCUGUCUCAUGUUUGGUUACAAGAUUAUCAAACUUAUUGCGAUUUAAAGGAUUUAGAGAAACGAAUUGGACAAAGAUGGUUAACUCAUGAAUCUGAUGAUAUUCGUUGGGAUUCUCAUCGACGAUCUUCAUCUAAUCCAAGUUACAAUUUUAAUCGAACUGGUUAUGUGCCAACCUCAUCGAAAGAAGUUAAAUCGCCUUUAACGGAGGAAUUAGGGAACAACGAAUCAAAUGAUUAUGGUUAUAAAAGUGAUUCUUCCGAUACAAAACGUAAUGGUGCCAAUAAUUCAACUACAAUAACAACAACAACAACGACGACGACAACAACAACCGAUUGUAUUAACGAUUUAAAUAGAAUGCGAUUAAAUUGAUCAAGUUGCGUUGUAGGUCCAAGUGUAAUUUAAAAAAAACGAAAAACGAUUUUAAGGUCAACACAAAAUCAAUGAAAAAUAAGCAACUAAUAAUACACAGAAAUCUAAAGGAAACUUGAGCAAUUUCAAAAUUCAAUAUGUGUGCUAAUUAUUACCAAUAUUAAACAAUUGCGACAUUAAUGUAUAACGGUUUAUAUUUAUAAAUAACACUGGUUUUAAUCAACUUCUAAA